AUGACGAAAUCAAGAAGUCCCCUCCUCAUCCGAUUCCUCUCAGACUUCACACUCGGCUUUUCAGAUGGCCUAACUGUGCCCUUUGCCCUCACCGCGGGCCUCAGUUCUCUCGGUCGAACAGACACCGUCAUUUACGCAGGUCUGGCGGAACUCUGUGCGGGAAGCAUUAGCAUGGGCAUUGGCGGCUAUCUCUCCGCCAAAGACGAGUUGCCUUCUACCACGGCAGAGAAACGGGAUGGCGAUGAGGAGGAGCUCAAGGGCAUGCUUCGCUAUGAAGGCGAGAGGGAGAGCAUUGACGAGAAGAACAAGGAGGCACAAGAGAUGCUUGUAAGACGGCAUCUGGAACCCCUCGCUCUACCUGGUUGGAUGGUCACGGACAUUGUGUCGACUCUCAAAGAUCGUCCCGAGGGCUUGUACGACGUCGUCCGCCAACUGAAUUCCUCGCGAGUCGUGUUCUCAGUCGAAGAGACGCCGGGUGGCGCUGAUCAGCUGCCCGUCUGGCCGCUCGCCUCGGGCCUAUCCAUCUCUCUAGGCUACGUUAUCGGCGGCACCAUUCCUCUGCUGCCGUACUUUUUCGCUUCGACUGUCGGUCUUGGUCUCCGGUGGAGCAUUGCCUUGUGUCUGGUGGCGUUAAUGUCUUUUGGUGCGGGCAAGAGCUGGCUGCUGAGGGGAGGAGAUGCCUCGAGUAGUUGGAUGCGCUGCAUUUGGGAGGGUGUACAGAUGCUGAUCUUGGGAAGCUUGGCUGCCCUGGCAUCAGUAGUGUGUGUCACAUUGCUGGGAGCGACUGAGGAGAUGAAGAGAUGA